UAAAGAAACAAAGAAAAACUUCAAACUUUAUUUGCUACUACUAUGGUCUUUUUAUCAAACGCUGUCUCUGAAGCUCGUAUUAAAGAAACUAACAGCAAUGGUGUUCAUCAUGCUGACACUGUUACUACCUCUGUUUAUGGUUCUCGUUGGGCUGCUGAAGACAUUCCUCGUUACCAAAUGCCUGAAGAUGAAAUGCCCUCUAAUACUGCUUAUCGUUUGGUGAGAGAUGAACUUCAAUUGGAUGGUAACCCUGCUUUAAAUUUGGCUACCUUUGUUACUACCUAUAUGGAAGACGAAGCAGAAAAGUUGAUGGCUGAAAACAUUGCCAAGAAUUUUAUUGAUCAUGAUGAAUAUGCAAGCAGUGCCGAACUUUGUAACCGUUGUGUCAAUAUGAUUGCUCGCCUCUACCACGCUCCUAUGCAUGAUUCUACUACCGAAGCUUUGGGUUGUAGUACUGUUGGUUCCAGUGAAGCUAUUAUUCUUUCUACUUUGGCUAUGAAGCGUCGAUGGCAACUUGCUCGCAAAGCAAAGGGUUUACCUACUGAUAAUCCAAAUUUGAUCUUGGGUAGCAACCAACAAGUCGCAUGGCAUAAGGCUACUAGAUAUCUUGAAGUGGAAUCUCGUGAAGUUGAUUGUUCUGAAGGUUUCUUAUGCUUGGAUCCUGUGAAGGCUGUUGAAUUAGCUGAUGAAAACACUAUUGGUAUUGUUGUCAUUCUGGGUUCUACAUAUACUGGUCACUAUGAAGAUGCUAAGAAGGUGAAUGAACUCCUUGAAAAGAAGUGUGCUGAAACUGGAUGGGAUAUUGGUAUUCAUGUUGAUGCUGCUAGCGGUGGUUUCGUUGCUCCUUUUGUCAACCCUGAUCUCGAAUGGGAUUUCCGUCUUCCUCGUGUUGUUUCCAUCAAUGUGUCUGGUCACAAAUAUGGAUUGACGUACCCUGGUGUAGGUUGGAAUGUAUGGAGAUCUAGUGAAUACCUUCCCAAGGAUCUCAUCUUCAACAUCAACUAUUUGGGUAGUGAUCAGGCCUCUUUUACUCUCAACUUUAGUAAAGGUGCAGCACAUGUUAUUGCACAAUACUAUGUUCUGAUUCGUUUAGGCAAAGCUGGUUUCACCAAGAUUAUGACCAACCUGACCCAAACUGCUGAUCAUCUCUCUGACUGUCUUCGUGCUACUGGACGCUUUGAAAUUCUUAGUGAAGGAAAUGGAAAUGGUUUGCCUUUGGUGGCUUUCAGUCUUAAGGGUGAUCAACACUUUGAUGAAUUUGACCUUUCUGCCAAAUUACGUGAACGUGGAUGGAUUGUACCUGCUUAUACCAUGGCACCCAAAUUGGAACACAAGAAACUCUUACGUGUUGUUGUACGUGAAGACUUCUCACGAUCUCGUUGUGAAAUCUUGAUUCGUGACAUUGUUGCCGCUAUGAAAUCUCUGGAUCUUAUUGAUCAAAAGACUAUCGAAGCUUAUCGCGCUAUCAAGGACGAACAUUCGCAUUUUGCUUUGCAAAAGAACAUUGCUCAAUUCAAGAUCAAGGACGAUGAACCUGUUCAAGAUGCCAAUGGCGAAGUGCAUAGUUUAGAAAUCAAGCAAGCUCCUGGUAUCUGUUAGUUUUAUUUUUAUAUUGUUGUACUAUUUAAAUAAAAACUUUUUGUUUGUAUCAAUAUAAA